AUGGCCGACCAGCUGGCCGCACCUCAGCUCAAGAUGUACAACGAAAAGUCGCAGAUCAAAACUCCCCAUCUCGAUCAACUUGCGGCCAAGUCGGUCGUCUUCGAUUCUGCCUACUGUAACUCGCCACUGUGCGCCCCUUCACGCAUGGCUAUGAUCACCGGUCAGCUCCCCUCCAAAAUCGGUGCCUACGACAACGCUUCUCCCAUAUCCGAGGAUACGCCAACCUACGCGCACUAUCUGCGAAACGCCGGCUACGAGUGUGUUUUAGGCGGGAAAAUGCACUUUAUCGGUGACCAGCUUCACGGAUAUGAGUAUCGCCUGACCGCCGACAUUUAUCCAGCCGACCUGGGCUGGUCAGUGAAUUGGGACGAACCAGACACGCGACUGGAGUGGUAUCACAAUAGCUCGUCCAUCCUCCAGGCUGGUCCUUGCAUUCGAAGCAAUCAACUCGAUUAUGACGAGGAGGUCAUGUUCAAGGCCAAGCAGUACUUGUAUGACCACGUGCGAAAGCCUCAGAAUAAGCGCCCGUUCUGCCUGACCGUAUCUCUCACCCAUCCUCACGAUCCGUAUACGAUCGAGCACAAGUACUGGGAUAUGUACAAGGAUGUCGACAUUGCUAUGCCCGAUGUGGAAAUUCCCAAGGAUCAGCUGGAUCCGCAUAGCAAGCGCCUGCAGCACGUCUGCGACCUCGAAGAUUAUGACUUCACGCCCGAGCAGAUCAAGAAUGCGAGACGAGCCUAUUACGGAGCUGUCAGCUAUGUCGACCACAACAUUGGCAUUCUGAUGCAGACUCUGAAAGACUGCAAGCUCGAUGACAACACCAUCGUCAUCUUUUCUGGUGACCACGGCGACAUGCUGGGCGAGCGUGGCCUGUGGUACAAAAUGUCGUACUUUGAGUCUUCUGUUCGCGUUCCCAUGCUGUUCAGCUAUCCCAAGCAGUGGGCGCCACACCGCGUUCCGCAGAACGUCAGCACACUGGACAUCCUGCCCACGCUGGUCGACAUUGUAGGAUCCAAGCUGGUCCCUGGUUUGCCCAUGGACGGAGUAUCAAUCGUUCCGCAUCUCAAGGGCAAGUCGACUCAUGACACCGUCUUUGCCGAGUACAUGGGCGAAGGAACCAUCGCACCGAUGAUGAUGAUCCGCCGUGGAGCCUGGAAAUACAUCACUUGUCCCGCAGAUCCAGACCAGCUGUACAAUCUGGCGGAAGACCCCAAGGAGCUCACCAAUCUUGCUACUUCUUCGGAUGCGGCCACGAAGAAGAUGUACAACGCCUUUGUUGCUGAGGCCAAGGCGAAGUGGAACAUGGAAGCCAUCACUGCCGAUGUUAUAACGCGACAGCGUCAACGACGCUUCUGCUUCUCGGCGCUGAAGCAAGGCAAGUGGACCAGCUGGGAUUACAGUGUGCCCGACAACAGCCAAGACAAGUACAUUCGAAGUCACAUGGACCUUGAUGACUUGGAGCGGAGGGCCCGGUAUCCGAUUGUGGAUGCUCAUGGUAACGUCAAGACUUUCGACACCAGCGGAAAGGAUGGCGCUCUGGCAAUCCCUCACCAAGCAGGCGCUGCCGGACAGUGA